GAGAGGAGAGCGGCAUGAAAGAAAGACUCCUCUGCUCCAUUCUUAUCCUCUCAACAUUUUUCUUGGAUUUUGCAUAUAACUUUGCGAUCAAUCAGAAUUUGAUAAAGAGCUGACGGUGGAAAAAGUGGUUUACCAAGGACCGGAAGGGCUGAAUGUGAUUGACAGGAGUGUGAUUUCCAGCUGUUGGAUUUGAGGUCUGAAGUCCACCAGGUGGCUAAAGGAGGAGGAUGGCUUUGGAGAGUUUUACUGAACUACUACAUAAACUAAAAGAUGUCCACGAGCAGGAGCUGGAAGGUUUGCACCAGAAGGUGCUCGAACUAACCAAUAAGAAAAACUGUGAUGCGAAGAGACUGGAGGAGCUGUACAACAGGAACCAGCAACUGAGAGAACAGCACAAGAUGCUCACAGAAAACAUAAAACAGCUAGAAAAUAUGUUACGAGCUGGGUUGUGUGACAGGUGUACUGUCACUCAGGAGAUGGCAAAGAAAAGACAGCAAGAGUAUGAAAACUCCCAACUCCAAAGUCUGCAGCACAUAACUAUACUGAUGGGUGAGAUCAAUGCAUUGGUGAAAGAGAAUGAACGACUAAAAGAGGAAGUGAAGAUUCUACGAGACCGGAUAGAGCAGCAGAAUGGUCACUCAGAAAGAGUUGAAACCCCUGAGGUUAAGCGCUCUCCUGAACCUACAGCCACCCCACUGUCCAUGGCCACCUCUGUCCUGAAGAAUGAUCAGUCUGCACCAGGGGGCGCCACUUCACCUACAGCCAUUGUGAAGAGUGAACCAGAACACAGCCAAAGGACAGAGCCUCCAGGAGACCGACAGGAGACAUCACCAUAUACAGACAAAGGGUCAGAGCAAAAACGCUUACAAGGGUGGAGUUUAGCACAUCUUUUCGAGUCAAGUAGGCAGUCAAUUUUUGCAACAAACCAAACAAAAUGGAAAGAGAGAAGAGCAGUUAGCAUUGACUCUUUAGAAACUCAUCCAUCCAUCACCUCUGCUUCCAUCCCUCCUCAUCUCCGCCUUCUAAAAAACAACCCCCUGUUCUCACCCAGGCGCGCUGAGGAUCGUCCUGCCCUUGUUCCUAUCCCGGUCCGACCCCACCCUAUCAAAACCACCCAAUCCAACCUUCCCUGGCCCCUGCCUGAACGAUCAGAUUGGGUGUCAGUGGUAAACACUGGCACCAGUGGUGGGCUGGUGGUCAGUCCGACCCUGAAGCAUGACUCUAGUAGCUCUCCCGUACUUCGCUUUUCUAACCUGGUUCCACCAGGCCUUGAAUCCCACCUACCAUCUCGAAGCCCUGUCCAUGCCCGACCAAGCUGCCCACACCCGAGGAGCCUUGUCGAGCUAUCAGAAGGCAAAGAAAAGAGAGCACCUCCAAGCUCACAUCAUGAGAGGAUCUUUGGUGAAAAUCUAAAAGAAGGUGAUGAAGAGGCACCUUUGGAUCUGUCCAGUGCCUCAGGUCCCAAAGUCAAAGAAAAAGAAAUGGACUUGGCGUCAUCUUCCUCUUCGUCACCACCAGCUCCACUCUCCUCACCAUCUUCAGUUCAGUAUGCAUCUAGUCCUCAGAGUGAUAUGCAAACAGGAGAUACAAAACCACAGAGAGAAGAGACUGAAGAAAAACAUAAGGAAGACAGAGAUGAGGGAAGUGAGAAGAAUGAGAAUGUAGACACAGAAAACCUGAAAGUCCCCUCUCUGACAAUUUCACUUCAUCCGGUUGUAGUAUUAGAGUCAAUGAAAACAACAGGACAGAAAGAGAAGGUCUUGGAGGAAGACAGCAGCCCACAAGACAUGGGUGAAAAAGAGGAUAGCAAACAGGUUCUAGUGAGGAAAAGAUCAAACCAGACUGAAGCCGUUCCACGGCGCCCACUGAAAGAAAAGAAAAUGAGGACAACACUACUGCCUCAGGGAACGAACCAUGGAGACUCAGAGCAAGGCUGAAAUCAGUGUCAUAUACAAGACAUUCUGUACUCAUGCAUCUGGUGUUCUUCUGAAUUACUGAACAUGAAAAGAAGCAUACCCCUCAUCUAUUGCACUAUAGCAGCAGGCACACCAGAAAUCACACAGGAAGAAGAAAAAAAAACAUCUAAUUUUAGCACUUGUUUCUGAAUAUUCUAUUUGUUUUGAAAAUGAAAUGGCCUGCCACCCAGAUUAGUUACUCUUUUAUGUACCUUGCAUCUCAAAGACAAGGCUGGAGAUUUUCUAUAACCAUUGCCUGUAGCAGGCAGUAAGUGAGAGUCUACUGUACUUCCUGUCCUAAAGCUGUGAACAAAUUUGACCUAUUACCAAAAAUUUCUCUUUUUUUUUUGGAUGAUCUGUUUAUUAUAUUGUAUUACAUGUCUCUUUCUCUGUUUCUCUUCAUACAUAGACCCGUGUAUCAGCUUCCAUUUAAACUUCCUUUUUUAUGUUAAAAUUUAUGCUUGUCUUUCAUAGAACCGUGGUAUGUUAGAGUUUAUACCAGUCUUUCAUAAAAGCAACUUACUGUCAGCCAGGAAGGCUACUUUUUCCGUUUUUUCUUUUUUUUUUUAAAAGCCUGUCUCUUGCAAAUGUGACAAAAACGAAACACCCUCCCCUUCCCCUUUUUGGUUUUGGUUUUUGCGAUGGCAGAGCACAUAUUUUGUAAGAGUGAAUUUUCCACUUGCAGCAGCUGUGGCCAUUUUGAGCAUGUAAAGGGGUGGGGAGAAAAAGUGUUACACUGACAGCAAAAAAAAAAAAGAAUUAAUUUUAAAAUGUCUUUAGCCAUGUCAAACGUCCUCAGUGGCAUUUGUUUCAUUCAUUUGGACUGUUCUUAUGAGUCACUGAGGGAAUUCAUGCACAAGUUUAAAGUUGUAUAUAAAAUGCUGGAAAUGAAAAUGUAAAACAAUGUAUCAGUGUAUGCUGAAAUAAACAUUCAUCAGCUAU